AUGACCACCACCGCAAUGUCACCACCACCAUCAUCCUCCACCACAACCACGAUACCUCCCCCCCUCACACCCUCCGCCCUAACAACCCUGAUAUCGAGCUCCUCCCCAACAACGCCCCUCUCCGCCAGCACGAUCCAAAUCCUCCAUAACCUCCAACACCAACACUUGUGGACCUCCCUCCGCGUGCACGACCUCCACCUCAACCUCCCACACACCACCACCACCUCCUCCUCCUCCCCCAGCGACCCCUCCCCCCUGUACCUCAUCUCCGGCAUCCCCCCGCACCGCCUGUACACCCAUCCAGACGAACAACUCUACAUCCUGGAGCGCGGUCUCCGCGAAGACGACAUCGAGCUAGAGCGCAUGUUCGUGCUGCCCACGGUGCAGGGCCAAUCGUGGAGUCUGCGCAAGAUGGCAGGGGUGUUUGAUUCGCUGCCCGAGGGGGAGGGGGGAGCGGGAGGUGCCGAUGGGGGGGAUACGGAGACGGAGACGGAGACGGAUGCGUUGAGGGAGGUGGAUGAGGGGAAGGCGGCCAAGUUAAGGGAGUAUUAUGCGUAUCGGGAGAAGGCGCGCGAGACGAGGGAGUGGGGUGGGAAGAGGAUUUUGCUGGGCAUGGUGGAUAGGCAGAUGGGUGGGGAUGGGACGGUGGUUUAUUAUGUUGUUCAGGAUGGUGCGGUGAAGCCAAGGCAGAAUUAA